AGAAAUUUGGCGAGACAGCGGAAAUGUCUGCGGAAGCGGAACUUGUGUCAAGUCGGAAUGAUUUUGGCGGUGCACUCAAAGUUGACAGUCUAUCAUGUCGGAAGAUGAGCUGCCCCCGGAGAGUUCGGGCCAGCGUGCGGCGGGGAGCACCCGCAGCCGGCGGGGUGUGCUGCUGACGGGGCUGCUGGGAGGUUCUCUGCUCGGCAUCUACUUGCUGACUACACCCUUCUUGCUGCCGGCCCUCAGGAAAGUCUGCCUACCGUUUGUCCCCGCCACCCCCGCCCAGGUGCACAAUGUCCUGCGGGCACUGCGGGCCAGCUCCGGCACUCUGGUGGACAUUGGCAGCGGAGAUGGGAGGAUUGUGAUCGCAGCAGCAAGGCGUGGAUUUCAGGCUUCGGGCUUUGAGUUGAACCCCUGGCUGGUGUGGUACUCUCGCUACAAGGCCUGGAGGGAAGGAGUCCACCACUCCACCUCCUUUCACAUCUCCGACUUAUGGAAGGUCAGCUUUGCAGAAUACACCAACGUUGUCAUAUUUGGAGUGCCUCAAAUGAUGGACCAACUGGAGCUGAAGCUGGAGAAGGAGUUACCCAGCUGCGCUAAGGUGGUGGCCUGCAGAUUCCCCUUUCCCAACUGGGUCCCUGAACACACCGCCGGGGAGGGCAUGGACACCGUGUGGGUGUAUGAAUCCGGGUCCUUUAAGUCACACAGGACCGAGGAACACAACCUCACACUUUUGCAAGGACAGAAAGUUGAAGAGUCCACAUGAUGAACAAGAGAGGACCUGAGACGGAGCCUUGAGGAACACCACUCGUCUAACUGAGUUGAGUGCAUGUGAAGUAAACAAGCUACUGCAACACGUAAGUUCCAUAAAUCACAUUAUUUUAAACAUUUAAAAAGGAGAGGACUUAAAGGGGUGCCUUGAGGAACGCCUCAGUUACGCCAAUCCCAAUUUUGGACCCCAGUGUUCUACGUUGGCUAACAAGGUUCAAAUGUCAAUGCGGGGAUCUGCCCAUGGGUGUUUCCGCUUGUCCAAGCUCCUCUAUACUGUACAACCUUGGAGUUUGAUAUUUUUCAUUUUUAAAACCAAUACAAGAUACUGAUUAUUAUUAUUUUUUAACCAUUAGGGUUCCCUUCAAGUCGGGUCCCAUGGACCCAGAUAGGUCUUACUAUACUUUUUUUUUUUUUUUAAAUAAGCUAAAAUCUCCAGAUCAGCGGUGUUCAAAUUUUUUCCAGUGAGGGGCCCCGUAAAUAAAAAUUGAAGGACACAGGGGCCACUUUGAUUCAUUUUUGUACAGUAAAAAACCUACAAAGAAUGCGAAUCAAUAAAUAAAUGCUAAACUAUCGCAACACAGCUCUGUUUUAUCAGUAACAAAGCAUAUUCGACAUAAUUAUGCCAUAAAUUUAGCAUUUUCAACCAUAAAAAUGGCUAAAUCAUAUAAAAAUACUGAUUCUACAGUAGCAUUGGCCACUAGAUGAGAAUUUAAAGCCAAAUGUUAGCAUGCACACACUUAAUAGUCCGAACUUGGUACUUCACGCAUUCGAGCUGUUAGCAUGCCAAUGUUAGCAUUUAAGUUAAGCUCCACAUUUCAAUUUCACUACAAAUUGCAUAUUCUAUUUUUUUUAUUGUGUUCUGUUUGUUUUGUUUUUCAAAUGUGUCGCCAGCCCAUUAAAAAAACCCGUUGUGAGCCACAAAUGGGCCGCACUUUGAACACCUUUGCUCUAGAUCGACUUUAAAACUGUCUGUCGAUAUGAAUUAGUAUUUAUUUUUUGACUGUUUAAAGCCCUUUUUGUUACAGAAAACCGUUUUUUUAUGGCAAAAUAUGCAACAUUUCACUCUUUCUUCCAAAGUUUUUAAAAGUGGAAUAUUUAAUGUGAUGUUAUUUGAGCCGUAAAUAGUUCAAUAAUUCUUUUUUUUUUUCUUUAUUUCAUUAUUAUUUUGGGGCAAUAACAGUUAAAAAAAACCAUAAUAAAAUUCUCAAAUAUACAAAAGUGUUAAAAAUGAGUCCUACAUUAUUUAUUUAUUUUUUAAAAUCAAAACCCUUAUCUCUCUAGAUCAACAUCAGUUAAAAAAAAAUCAUAAGCUAGUGGCGUGGCGCAGUGGGGAGAGUGGCCGUGCGCAACCCGAGGGGCACGGGUUCAAAUCCCACCUAGAACCAACUUCAUCACGUCCGUUGUGUCCUGAGCAAGACACUUCACCCUUGCUCCUGAUGGGUGCUGGUUGGCGCCUUGCAUGGCAGCUCCCUCCAUCAGUGUGUGAAUGUGUGUGUGAAUGGGUAAAUGUGGAAGUAGUGUCAAAGCGCUUUGAGUACCUUGAAGGUAGAAAAGCGCUAUACAAGUACAACCCAUUUAUUUAUUAUUUAUUUAUAAUAAAAUUUUCAAGGAUACAGAAGUGUUAAAAAUGAGUGAUACAUUAAUUCAAUUUUUAUUUAGGUCAAAACCAUUGUAUCUGGAUCAAUUACAUCAUCUACCUGUCGAUUGUAAACUUCUUUAUUGUUUUUUGAAUGUUUUUGUUUGCUUAAUACCAUUUUGUCAUGGAAAAUCUUUUUUUUUAUGGCAAAAAAAUACUUCAAAAUGUUUGGAGCCUUCUAUAGAUCAAUAAUUCAUAACGACAUUGAUUUUGACAGUUUAUACCAGGGGUCUCAAACUCACUUUACCUGGAUGCAGAGUCUGGGUGAGGCUGGAUCGCAAGAAAAGAUUUCCCCCAAAAUGUUUGCAUACUCCUCAGCAUAAAAUAUAUUUGUAAUGAGCCGAUGCAUGGAGAAUAAUGUUAUUCCCGCAAUGUGUGUCAUUCCGCUUUUCCUCC